CGUGGAAUCUUUUGACGGAAAUCGGAAUUGAGCUGGGAUGGACAGUGCGAAUAUUUGGAAUAUUUGGAUUAUGAUGACCUCCACGAUGAUGAAGAUGACAUUCAUGAACACCAUCGCAUUCAGAAGCAUAGACGGCAAUGUCAACAGCUCUCCAUUUGAGCAACAGAAUAAUCAGAACAUCAUCUAGAAGUGUUUUUGCUUGCAAUAAAUUACCGCUUAUCUCUAAACAUUCAACAACACCGAGAUCGAUUGUGUCACACAAUCACAACACAUACCCUAGAUCGUUUACUACGUCUACAAUCAACAGAAUGGCACCGACAAAUCAAGGUUUCCAGCCUAUGGAGUACACAAACGCUCUAAUUCAUUCUACGUCACCUUACCUUCUACAACACGCUCAUAAUCCAGUCGAUUGGCAACCAUGGUCACAAGCAGCUCUCGAUCAGGCAAAGAAAGAAGGAAAGAUGGUCUUUUUGAGUUCAGGAUAUAGUGCCUGUCAUUGGUGUCACGUAAUGGCACAUGAAUCAUUUGAGAAUGCAGGUAUUGCAAAAAUGUUGAACGAAAGUUUCGUUUGCGUCAAAGUGGACAGGGAAGAGAGACCGGACGUAGAUGCAGCAUAUAUGACUUUCGUUCAAGCAACUUCUGGUAGAGGUGGUUGGCCUAUGAGUGUAUUCCUGACAAACGAUGGCGAGCCGCUAUUUGGAGGAACAUAUUUCCCGCCUCCAAUGUUCAAGGAAUUGAUUGAUCGUUUGACAAAUUUGUGGAACGAAGACCGUCAGAGAUGCCUUUCAAGCGCAAGGGAUAUAAGCGAACAGCUGCGCCAAGUCGCUUCAGCCGGUGUUGCAGGAACAGGUUGGUCCGAUUUGCCUUCAUUAAACGUGACUGCCAAAACGCUAAAGCAUUGGCUGCUAUCCUUUGAUCAAGAGAAUGGAGGGUUCGGAAACGCCCCAAAGUUCCCAUCGCCACCGAAUACGUUCCACUUUCUACAUCGCAUUGCCGCUGAGAUCAUUGGGAAGGGCACGCCAAGCUCGGUUUUGUCAGAGAUUGGAAUUGGACCGGAGUCCGCCUCAAAGGCUAUAGAAUCUUCAGCUUUCACAUUGGCAAGAAUUGCAAGAGGCGGUAUCUCUGAUCCUUUGGCAGGAGGAAUUGCACGUUAUAGCGUAGAUGAAGAAUGGCGUGUUCCACAUUUCGAAAAGAUGCUAUACGAUCAAGGUCAGCUGCUAACUUCAUUCUCAGAAGCGUUGCAGUUAUGUAUGGCUUCAUCAAAGCCUGAGCUACAACAAUAUGCACAAGAAUUUCGACAAACAAUAACGGGUAUUAUUGAAUACUUGGAGCGAUACAUGACAAGCAAAGAUGGAUCAAUAUAUGCGGCCGAAGAUGCAGAUAGCUUGCCGACACCGGAAUCCGAACAUGCCAAAGAGGGUGCUUUCUAUGUUUGGGAUUCAGUUGAGAUCGAAAAUGUAUUGGGCGGAAAAGAAAGCAAAGCGUAUCAACUAGUCUCGUCACACUUUGGUAUCAAGUUGGAUGGUAACAUCCCUGCCGAAAGUGAUCCGCAUGGCGAAUUGGUAGGAAAGAAUGUGCUUCAUGCCAGCACAACGCUUUCUUCAACUGCUAGAAAAUUGAAUAUUCCUGAAGAAGAAGCAUUGUCGUUAUGGAACGAGAGCAAAGCAAAGCUCUUGACGUAUCGUGAUCAGCGUCCUAGACCAUUGUGUGACGAUAAGAUCAUCACAGCUUGGAACGGUUUGGCAAUCAGUGGAUUGGCGAGAGCAUCUCAGGCCCUUGGCACAAGUACGGAAGUAGGCCAGAAGGCUUUGAAGCUGGCAAAUGACUCUUCUGCAUUUUUGUGGAGUACAAUGUGGAAUAAGGACAAACACCAAUUCUUGCGUAGCUAUCGUGACGGCGUUCAAGGUCCUCUUGGCUUUGAUGUGGAUUAUGCAUUUGUGAUUCAAGGAUUCUUGGAUCUGUAUGAGGUGACAUAUGACACAAAAUACAUCGAUCAAGCUUUACAAGUCCAAGCUGCACAAGAUGCACUCUUUUGGGAUGACGAAGGCGGUCCUGGUGGAUACUUGAUAUCAUCAAAAGAGAGCGAUGGUAAUAUUCUCGGACGUCAAAGAGGAGAUCAAGAGGGUGCAGAACCAACGAGUACAAGUGUUUCAGCACACAAUUUGCUACGAUUGCAAUCUUUGAUUUCCAAUUUGGAUGAAGAAUUAGCCAAACGCAGCAAAGCGCAAGGUAGACAAGCUUCAACGUUGAGCAGUCACGAUCGUAUCGCACAAUGCAUCACUUCAGGAGGGGCGAUUUUGGAACGAGCACCUCAUGCUUUGGGCACACGAAUCACAGCUCUGUUACGGGCAAAAUUGGGUUCACAACAAAUGAUCAUCGUCGGUCCAAGUGGGGACGCAAGAACGAGAGAAUUAUUGGAUGUAUUUUCAACCACAUUCCUUCCUCGUGCGGCAGUAAUCUUUAUCGAUACCACCAAAGGCAAAGAAGGUGCUCAAGAGCAACUUGGUCAAUCAUUUAUUGCUGCCAAUGAUGCCGUUCGAGAAGUAUUGGAAGAUCCAAAAUUACUCACCCGCGGUAGCUAUGCAACCGUUUGUCAAGACUUUGCAUGUGGACUGCCCAUCACAGCCUCAGAGGAGUUGGUAAAACAAUUGCAAAAAUAACUACACAGCGUUUGCAUCAUACUGUAUCAUAUCUUUUUUCUCACACUGGAAUUCGCAUGCUUUUAUUUGAAAUCGUUAAGGUCAUAAAUCAUUGAAGUCGUGCGUAAUUCUACAUCUAGCAGAAGAACAAUAAAUGAUGCAAGGAACAAUGGGGUAAUCAUGAUGGGAGGGUAUAAUAAUAAUAGUACAUUCAGAGCAAAAAAUAAACGA